CAGCAAAAGAACAACACAAACACUCUUUUUUUUACACACAAUUCACAUAAGCAUCUUCAAUACAAAACACUAAGAAGAGUAGAGAUUCAAAACCUUUAUACAUGAGCACAGAUUGGGGACCGGUGAUUGUAGCGGUGUCUCUAUUCAUCCUACUCUCACCAGGACUACUAUUCCAGCUUCCGGCCAGGACAAGAGUGGUUGAAUUCGGGAACAUGACCACAAGCGGUAUAGCCAUUUUGAUUCACGCAGUUAUAUACUUUUGUAUACUUACAAUCUUGGUGAUUGCUAUACAAAUUCACAUCCAUUUCUAGUUUCUACUCUUAAUAUCAUGUAACAACAACAAAAAAAAAAAAGGGAAGGCCUUUAUAUUUCAAAACUCCAAUGUAUGUACAAAUCUGUAGUCUUUCUACAUUUCUCCUCUUCUUUUAGCUUUCAUUGUUCGCUAUUGCUAGUAAUAAGGUUAAUCAAACAGGAUGAUAAAAAAGUAAUAAUAUUUUUAAACAAAAUUUAAGCACUAAAAGAAGCAAACUGAUACAUUUAAGUAACGAUACAUCACAAUACAACACAACCCUUUUGACCAAAUCUGUUUGUUACAACAUAAAGAACAAAAACUAUAGAUCAAAGGUAAGUUAAAAAAAAAAAAA